AUGUCUGACCAGAACAAAGGUCGCAUAGCCAUCAAGUUUGGCGGAGGCAGCAAUUCAGCAUCAAUAGCGAAACAGUCCCGCGCGCAACCGUCAUCGAGUCUAGGGAAGCGGCCGCGCUCCCACGCCUUGGGGGGAGGCGAAUCCGAUACCUCAGAUUCCGAAGAUGACCGCCACCGAGGGCGUCAUGAGGCCAUCACAGGAUUCGGUGCAGAAGGCGCAGAGACGAAACGAAAGCGACACAAGGAGGAGAAGAAGGAGUACGUCAUUGCACGGCAACCGAACCGGAGCUGGAAGGACGAGUUGAAGAGUCAAAAGGGAUCGAAAAAUCUACUUCCAGAAGAGGCCAGAGCUCAGCAAAACGCCGUUACAACUGAGACGGAGCCUGCCGAUCAGGACACACCGCUGAAAUGGGGAUUGACGGUCAAGGAAAAGAGCGCAGUGUCGGAGGACGUGGUGGUAUCGGAGCCAAGCGCACAGCCCAGCGACGACGAAAUGCGAGAAGCAGACCAAGACAGCAAAGAUACACCACCAGUCGAGCGGACUGCCGAUGACGAGGCUAUGGAUGCCCUGCUUGGCAAAACAUUCAAAGAACAAAAGGUCAUCAGCACUGCACCUGCAACAGAAGACAAUGCCUAUCGCCGCGACGUCGAAUCCUCCGGCGCGGUAUCCACCCUACAAGACUACGAAGACAUGCCCGUCGAAGAGUUUGGCGCCGCUCUCCUCCGCGGCAUGGGCUGGAACGGCGAGGCUCGCGGCCCUCCUGUCAAACAAGUCAAGAGGCGACAGAACCGACUUGGCCUUGGCGCCAAGGAGCUCAAGGAAGAGGAAGAUCUCGGCGGGUGGAAUCAAAACGGCAAGAAGUCCAGACCACGGCUGAAUGAUUACCGGAGAGAGGAAAGCAAACGAAAGGAAGGCAGGGGACGUGAAGACAGCUAUAAACGUGAGAGGGAGAGGGAGCGCGAUCGUGAGAGGGACAAAUACAGAGAGAGGGAGAGGGACAGGGAUCGGGAUCGAGAUUAUCGGGAUAGGGAUAGACAUCGCGACAGAGAUCGGGACCACGAUAGGCAUAGGGACCGGCAUCGCGACCAUGACCGGGACCGUCGACGAUAA